AACAUUCCAGCAAAGUGGGAGCAGACAAAGAAUCGGAAACCCUCAAAGCGGCCUCAUACUUUCUCCGUCCUUCCUACCUUUUUGCACAGUUUGCUCUCCAUGGCACACUUGACUCAAGGAUUUGCAAUUCUGUAGUGGAUCCCACAGAAAAAGAGACACUUGGGGGCUCUCCUAUCAAUCUGAGCAGACAAAGAAACAGAGCAGUCCCACUGAUCGGAAAACAAUGAAAGUGCUGGGUUUUUUCAUCCUCUCCACUGCCUGGACUUUAAUUGGAGCUCAGCAUUACUACCAGGGGCUAAUGGAUUAUCUGGAGAACAGAUUGUUGGCUAUUGAGGACCGCAUGCAGUUGUGGCGCGACCAGUUCCAUCACUACCACACGGAGAUGCUGGACUUUAAAAAGCUAACGGCCGAGGUCAUGGACGGGUUGAGGAAGGAACACGGCCUGAUGGCCAAAGAUCUGGAAGGAGCAGCGGAGCGCAUGGAUCGGGUGGAGCGGGAGAUGGAGUACGUUGAGUCCCAGACUUCUCCACGAGCCUGUGCAAAGCAGGCCGACAAGGUGGUGGAGCAGGAGGCCUGGGGGCUACAGGAGCGAGAGGAAGAGGAGGAUGAAGACUGGACGCAGUUGCACUCCAGAGUCUCUGACUGUGCAGACAUUUUUUCCAGCAUCAGAUCAGUGAAGAUCCUGAAGAGAGUGGGCAGCCCAAAAGGCAUGUGGACUAGAGAUCCAAGGUCAUCCAAAGUUUAUGUCUUUAAUGGCACAUCAGGAGAUACCGUCUUCCAGUUCGACUCUGUACGGGAUUUUUCUCGCUCCCAAGGUGUCUCGGACAGCAAAAGCAUCAAGCUCCCCUCGGAGUGGAAUGGAGCUGGUGGUGCUGUUUAUAACGGCUAUUUGUACUAUGUAAAGCAGGACUCUGGUACAGAUGUGCAGAUAGUAAAAUAUGAUUUGUUCAGUGGCUCUGUUACAGACACCGCCAUAUUUCCCAUGGAAAGCCGCGCCAGUCUGUACAAACUAAACCCAGAGACCAUCGCAGACCUUGCAGCAGAUGAUGAGGGUCUCUGGCUUCUUUUUGCUCCCAGUGACAGUGAACCUAACAUCAGCCUCGCAAAGAUGGACGCCUCCACGCUGGACAUAGAGGAAAUCUGGGACACCAAGUGCCCGAGGGAGAAGGCAGAGGCAGCUUUUGUCAUCUGCGGGACGGUCUACGUGAUUUACAACACCCACUUGGCCAGCCGUUCUAGGGUGGAGUGUCUGUUCGACGUGAACGACAUGGUGAUCAACGAGGAGGCCCCUCUACUGUACUUCCCUCGAAGAUACGGCUCCCACGCCAGCCUGAAGUACAACCCCGAGGAGAGGCAACUUUAUGGCUGGGACGAUGGCUAUCAAAUCAUUUACAGACUGACAACAAAGAGGAAAGUCUUAGCUUAAACAAACUUUUUUGUUUUAACAGCCUGUAAAUAUAUUUACACAGCAUUGGUUUUCAAGAGGACCAUUUGAUUAGAAAUGACGUUGCCAGACUUGAAUUUUUGUGGAAAUGUAAAUUUUCGCUCACAAGAAUGAGACUGAUUGACAGAAACGCAAAAUAGUUUGGA